UAUAUGUAGUUGUGGGAAUUCGUUAUUAAAUAUAGUUAAACAAUGAAAUUAAAAUGUAUGGCGACCCGUUCCAUGUACAAUUAAAUAAAUGUAUAGCUUACAUGUUGUUAUGGUAACUCACUUUUGUAAAUAUUGAUUGAAAUUUAUAUUUGAAACUGAAAGUACUUUUUCUUUCAAAAAAUAAAUAAAUUAAAUACAAUUACAAUUACAAUCAAAUAAAUGUAUAGGUUACAUGUUGUUAUGGUAACUCAUUUUUGUAAAUAUUGAUUGAAAUUUAUAUUUGAAACUGAAAGUACUUUUUUGGGGUUGUGAUUGUUAAUAAAAAUAAUAUUGAACAUUUUUGUUUUAGCGUAAGAGAGCAGGACUUGUAUCAAGACAUUCAAGAUAUGGAAUGGACCGUCUCGUCGCCUAGCUCCGCAGACGAAUUACUAAAGAAAAUCAACGAACAAUCAAACCCAAAAAAUGUUGAUUUUGAGGAUAUCAGGGAUUCCUCAUUUCACACAGAUCUGAUGAAUAUGGCCACCGAUAAUUUACAUGACCCUACAAACUUCGACUUUCAGGAAGUGGCGGACGGUUCUUUUCAUGAAGAAGACUCACUCAUUCAAGAUAUACAGGGAGAUCUAUUUGAUGGCGUAAUACAGAUUGGGGGCGGAAGGGACGAUUUUGAUAUUCAACUAUUGCAAGAAAAAGCAUUAAAGACAAUGGGGGUUAAAGAAGCUACUUUCGAGUUGACUUUUAAAGAUCAUCUCUUUCGACGGCCUAAGAAGAUGAAUGAAGCAAAAAAUCUUUUAAAAGAAGCUUUUGAAAACAUCAUAGAACAUGCAAAGAAAGACCUUCGUCCCGGAGAUAUAAUGAGGGCUGUCAUUCACAAUGAUGGAUUAGACUUACCAGUAUUUGUUCCCUUCCGACCCAUGGAAGACAUGAAUGCAGAGGUUAUGAUGAAUUGCCUGGAAAACGUCCUCAACAGCAAUGAGGAUAUUCCAUUUGACUCCUCUUGUCGAAUUGAUGUUGGGGCCAUUAAGUAUCCGCGUGGUGGGCGAGGAGUAAAGAUGGCAACCAUAUCCCAGAAAAUUAAAAAGAAGCUUUCGAUUGUCGAGAUUAGAAACCUCGACAACAAGUGCCUCAUUCGUGCUACUCUCGUUGCCCUGGCCAGUGCCUGUAAGGUUCAUCCGGUCGAGUUUCGGAGAAUUAAAGCUUUGUAUCCGACCUACACGACUGGAGAAAUACUCAUUCAUUUUUCUCGAUGCCCCACAUGGUAUUACGAAGAGCUGCGUGCAAACAAAAAGAAAGUACAAGACACUUUAACAGAGAGAGUCUGUGCUACCUUAGGUAUACACACAGACCAACCCUUGACCUAUGCAUACCUUUCACAGUUGGAAGAUUUCCUGAACAUCAAUAUCUAUGUCGUUAGUGCUCGUAUGGGAAGCGCCUUUUCGUAUGUUAGCCCCAACAAAGACGAGGAGCGAAAAAAAGUGUUUCUCUAUCACAACGACAUAGAUGGAGCUGAGCAUUUUCAUGCCAUCACGAAGAUUACGGGAUUUUUCAGUCGCUCAAGAUUCUGCACCCACUGUCUCAAACCUUAUGAAAAGCCUUACAAACACAGUUGCAUAAAACACUGCAACAUCUGUCUGUCCGACAACUGCGCUAAAAGAGAGACCAGAACGUGUACGGAUUGCCAUCGCACCUGCCGCUCGGAUGCUUGCUAUCUACGUCAUAAACUACCCAUGGAGGGGGGUGGUAUUCCUUGCGAGCUAAUGUAUAAAUGUACCGAAUGUCUUCAGACAUUUCAUUGUUCGGAACGCAAGCGAGAAGAUCAUCAAUGUGGCUACUACACAUGUAGGUCCUGUCAUCAGUAUGUAGAACCCGAGCACUUGUGCUAUACCAGGGCACACACGCCUUCGUCUCCCGUUCAACGGCAAUAUAUUUUUGCAGAUAUUGAGGCAUCUCAAAAAGACGAGCGCCUGCAAUGUGAAUUUGGAUACUCACCUCGAGCAAAUGUCGACUGUCGACGAUGUCGUGACCAAACAUGUACAGACUGUCGACUCUGUCGUCACUGUCAAAAGUCGCAUUGUGGUCAAGCAAGACAUUCGUUUGUGCUAGCUGUGUGUCAGACUGCCUGUUCUGUUUGUGAGCAAAACAAUCUGACAUCCGACAGUACGUGCUCGCAAUGUGGGGAUCGAUGUGGAAACUGUUCCAAGAUGGACAAGAAGACCAAGCAAUUUGUGUCUCCUCCCUGUCCUGACAAAUGCGGGGGUCGAGAACGUGUUUUUAAGACACUCUACGACCUGGGAGUUUGGUUGUUUAGCAAACAACACAAGGGAUUCACCGUGUUCUUCCAUAAUCUCUCCUAUGACGGCCAGUUCCUCCUUCAGUACCUCCUUUCACAAAGCAUUCGACCUUCGUUCAUCAUAUAUCGCGGAAGUAAGAUUCAGAUGUUUAAUGUUGGCGAACUCAACAUCAGGGUCUUAGAUUCGUUUAACUUCCUACCCAUGGCUUUAUCUAAGCUACCAAAAGCUUUUCAACUGGAAUCUCUGAAGAAGGGAUAUUUUCCGCACUUUUUUACGAGUCUGACAAACAUGAAUUACGUGGGUCCUUAUCCCCCCGUCGAGACAUAUGGUCCAGACGCCAUGACGGUGGAAGGUAGAAAAGAAUUCCAUGCUUGGUAUGACUCCAAAAUUGACAGUAAAGCUGAGUUUGAUUUCCAGAGAGAAAUUCUAGAGUACUGUCGCAGUGACGUGGACAUACUCAGACGUGCUUGCUUGAAAUUUAAGAACCUGUUGUGGGAAGCCACAAAUGGAGACGACGGGGAUGGUGUUGACGCCUUCGGUUCCUGCACCAUUGCGUCGCUAUGCAUGGACGUUUUUAAGACCAAGUUUUUACCCGAAGAAUGGAAGGUACUCGUUGAGGUAAACGGAGAUGAACAAUGGUUACCGGAACGACGACUCGAUGGUAAAUCAACUGUUUACUAUCAAGGACAAUGGAUUCCAAAACGAGAUCUCGGAUUGGUAAUCAAGCAAGAGUUGUUUGUAUCCUCCCCCAUCGCUCGACCUCCUCCCCAUGGCUACCACUCUCGCCUGAAUUACAGUAAGAAAUCUAUUGCAUGGUUGGAAUGGAUUUGUCAUAGCGCACGAAUCGAGGGGAAACACUUGGAGAUUCGGCAUGCUCUUACUGCUCGUGGCGAAUAUCACGUUCCUGGAACGCGGUAUUUUGUCGAUGGGUACACACCUCCUUGUCCAGAGAAUCCUAGUGGAGUAGUGUAUGAGUUUCACGGAUGUCGGUACCACGGAUGCCCCAUUUGUUACAAAAAUGGCAAAGAAUUCAUCAAUCCAAAUACAAACCAGACGGCAUUAGAAUUGUUCACUCUGACACAAAUGAAGGAACGCCGACUUCGAGAAUUGGGUCUCAAAGUAGUGGUUAUUUGGGAGCACGAAUUUGAUGCCAUGACUCAGUCGAACGACAGGUUGAAAGCUUUCCUCAAUCAACUGGAUUUGGAAGAUCGUCUGGAUCCCCGUGACAGUCUCAUGGGUGGGCGUACUAAUGGUUGCGUUUUGUAUAAACGAGCUGUGAAAGCUACAAAGAUUCACUAUGUGGAUUUUACAUCCCUAUAUCCUUUCGUCAACAAGACCUGUCGCUAUCCAGUGGGACAUCCCGAGAUAGUGACUCGAGACUUUGCUGAUCUCUCUUCCUAUUUCGGUCUUGCUAAAGUGAAAGUGAUACCCCCUCGAGGACUUUUUCACCCAGUUUUAGGUUACCGAACAGGGGGAAAAUUGACAUUUCCUCUUUGUCGAACGUGUGUAGAGUGUCAACAACAAGAAUCAUGCACCUGUACCGAGUCGCAGAGGUCUUGGAUUGGCACCUACUGUACACCCGAGCUCGAAAAAGCCAUCGAAAAAGGAUAUCAAAUUAGCAAGAUCUACGAAGUAUAUCAUUGGCACGAAACGAUGCAGUACGAUCCGAAAACGCAAACCGGAGGACUUUUUGCCUCCUACAUCAAUUUAUUUCUCAAAAUUAAACAGGAAGCCAGUGGGCGACCUUCGUGGGUCGAGUCCGAUGACGACCUCAAAAGGUAUGUGGAAAGUUACGAGCAAAGAGAAGGUAUCGUACUGAAUCCAGAAAAGAUUGAACAUAAUGCAGGUCUCCGAAGUCUAGCCAAACUUCUUCUAAACAGUUUUUGGGGAAAAUUUGGACAGCGUCAGAAUCUGACAAAGACUCAGUUUGUUCACGACAGCCAGGCACACGUUCUUUAUCAACAGAUGGUUAACCCCGCCGUGGAGAUUGUGGAUUUUCAAAUUGUAAACGAGGAAAAUCUCAUGCUGUCCACAAAACGCCUUUCCGAGGAAUUGUGCUUACCUGGUCAUACCAAUCUGUUUCUGGCCUCAUUUACUACCUGCUGGGCUCGACUGAAAUUGUACGAGUUGCUGGAUCAAUUACAGUCUCGUGUGUUGUAUUGGGACACAGAUUCUGUCAUUUUUACCUCAAAAGAAGGAGAUUGGGACCCCCCCGUCGGCGAUUUUCUGGGUGAACUCACAAAUGAAUUAGACAAGGGAGAUUGGAUCACGGAAUUCGUGUGCAACGGCCCAAAAAAUUACGCUUAUCAGACACACGCGGGCAAACGGGUGUGUAAAGUCAAGGGAUUUUCCUUAAACUUUGAAAAUGCACAAAAAAUCAACCUGGAGAGCAUGCGUGACGCCAUGUUCAAUAGAGAAGAUCCGCACACAGGAGUAUAUCAUACCCUCAAUUCGAACAAAAUCUGUCGCGAGAAAGUACAUUCCGAACUGUACACUCGAGAGGAGAUCAAGCAAUAUUCAUCAGUGUAUACGAAACGAGUCGUUCAGGCGGACCUGACCACCUUGCCUUAUGGCUUUUGA